UUCCAGUAGCAUCAUCUGUCUCACUACUUACUGUAUGAGUUUGUCUGACAGAUUUUAAACAUGCGGUCUGGACUACAAUCUACUGUGUGAAGUGAUGUGAAGAAGUUGAUUUUGAAACCGCCCAGACAGGCUUCUCCCUGUAAUUGCUGGGGGAUGAGAGGAGAGGCUUCUCACAGCAGAUUGGUGGAUAAAUCCAUCCUUCCCAUCCUGUCUUACAGUCCCCUCACAGAACAGCUCGUCCAAACCGGGGACAGCACUUCCGGCCCCGUAUACAUUGCGUGAAAAAGCUGGAGGCCAUUGUGGUGGAGAUGCAAGACCCAAAAAGUGGGAUUAAAGGCUCAGAGCAGAAACUCAAUGUCACUACUAUCCCACAUGUCAUCGCUGGUAAGGACAUCAUCGCAUGGAUUGUCAACAAGAUGAAUAUCACUGCAGAAGAGGGUCAGGCCUUUGGCACCAUGUUAGUGGCCUAUGGCUACAUCUACCCCCUGCAGAACCACAAGAAGCUGGUCAUGUGCAAUGACACCAGCCUCUAUCGCUUCCAGACCCCAUACUUCUGGCCUACACAGAAAUGGUUUGCAGAGGAUGCUGACUAUGCCAUUUAUCUGGCAAAGAGGAACAUCCGCAAGAAAGGCAUGCUGGAACCCUAUGAACAGGCACAUUACAACCACCUCCAUGAAUGGCUGAACCACAAGUGGGACUUUAUCGUGAUGCAGGCCACCGAGCAGUACAAGGCUGGUAAGGAGAGGAAGAAGCCAGAUCGUGUGGUGUUUGACUGCCAGGAGAGGGCUUACUGGAUAGUGAACAGGCCACCGCGUCGUACUCACAGCGCUAUGGACUGCGGUCCAGAGCGUCUUAUUGAUCCCAACACAGAUGAGAAAAUCUCCUUCGACCAGUACAGACGCAUGAACAUUUUCUAUCAACAAGCCAUCAUGAGGUCAAAGGUCAAGUCUAGCGUGUCCCUUGGAGCACUGGUCAAGUAUACCACAACCUACAAAAACCACGACCCAUUCCUGGCUCCCUGUCUACCCAGCAACCCCUGGCAAACAGACAAUGACGAAUACUGGAAUCUCAAUAUGAGAAGAGUUGACGUCCCUACUAAAAUGCGAGUGGAGCGCUGGUCCUUCAGCCUGUUCGAGCUGCUGAGCGACCUGCGAGGCCGGGACGACUUCAAGAUUUUCCUCAAGAAGGAGUUCAGCGGGGAAAACUUGGCUUUUUGGGAAGCAGCUGAGGAACUCAAGUUGGGCUCUGCCUCUUCCAUGUCAACAAAAGCUGAGACCAUCUUCAAGACCUUCCUGGCUCCUGGCGCGCCGCGCUGGAUCAACAUUGAUGGCAGGACGAUGGGUCUGACAGUGAAAGGCCUGGAGCAUCCUCACCGUUACGUGCUGGAAGCUGCACAGACACACGUCUUCUUGCUGAUGAAAAAGGACACUUUCUUCCGUUACCUCAAGUCUCCAGUGUACAAGGACAUCCAAAAGAAAGCACUGAACCCCGCGGCUCAUAACUUCAGUGAGGCCCAGGUGGAGCAAAAUGCUCGGAGCCGAAACCCAGGCAUCCAUCCCAUCAUUCUUUGGCAGCAGGAGGAGGAGGAAAAGGCCAAGGCUGCUGCUGCCUCUGCUCCUGUCGAUGUCAAGGCCAUGAUGAGCAAAAUAGACAGGAAGAAGUAGAGAUACACACAAGUGUGUGUCUGUGUGUGCGUGUGUGUGUGUGCAGGGCUCUACAUGUCAAAAGAUUUGCUUUGCUCUGCAGUGUCAUGCCAAUAAUAGUUCUAUUUCAAAAAAAUGAUCACACUCAAGCAAAUGUAAGAAUUCCAAUUUUCUUGUAUAAACAUUGGAACAAGGUUGUAUUAGGUUGAAAAUAUCUGAGGUGACGUACUGAAAAACUUCCCUAUUUUUUUAGAAAGUGAUACAGUAUUUCCACAGACUCUGCUUAAGGAUGUAAUGUUGCUGUACAAGUCACAUUAAUGACAACCUGUGAUUCAACAAAUCAAAUUGACCUCAUAUUCAGUACUUGGAUAUAUGACAUGUAAACUGUAUUUUUAGCUGAGCUUGUAAUAGUAAUAUUUUUUCCUGCAUAUUACUCCAUACAAUUAACAGUGUGAGUACUGAAGUUAGUACUGAAAUGGCACCUCACACAAUUGUGUGUGGAGAUACUGUAGCUUUUGUUGCUGCAGUAUGUGUGGCAUGUAUGAAAAUAGAGUAACUGUGGCUGUGUAUACCGCUGUACACAUGUUCCAUGGGAUUUAAGCUGUAUUUUGACUCUCUGUACUCUGAAGCCCUGUUCUACCAGUCAAAGCCAACAUGCCCAUCAGUAUGUCAGUGCGCUUAUGUUAAAGAAAAUAAAAUUCUCUAUGGAAGAUUUGUACAGUAUGUAAAUCUGAUGAUUUGCCCAAAUUGAAUAAAUGAGAUCAAGAAAUAGCAAAGUUCAGAUUAUUGUGCUUGUUUGAGUUUGUUAGUGACAUCAAGUUAAAUGUGGAGGGCCAUAUCAGAGAUUUUAAAGCCAUUCCUACAAAGAGUUUCCAUUUUUUA